UUUCGACAGGGUUCAUAUUGAUAUGGUUCUUCUCAUUUUGUUGUUCACAGAAUUUGAGGCAGAGCAAGUGAGGGAUAAUUUAUGGGCAAAGCUUCAAAGGAUAGACUUGUUAAAAACAAUGCUUGCUGAUGGGGCCGCGUCAGUCUGCACAAAUUGGAGAGUUACAUACUCAAGCUUGCAAGAUGGAAAUAAUAGUUUUGAAGUCUGCACAAAUGGAAAUAGUAGCUUUGUGGGCUGUGCUAGACACAAUUCCACCAAUAGCAUAUGUUACAGCCUCAACAACUUUCACAAGUUCUUCGAAUGUUUCCAUAAAUAUAUCUUUCAUCGAACCUUGUAUAGGCGAAGGUUUUGGAUGCAAGUCUGGGAAUGCCUGCAAUCUUCUUGUCUAUGGUGCUGGUCAGGUUGUACCAUCUUCCUUUAGAAUUCUGAAGCCAAGCCUCACGUAUUCUCUUGUUAGUUUAUCUCCUACCGUUCGAUACAGCCGAGCAAUCCUAGGAGACAACAAUGUCAUUUAAGACAAUGGAAGAUGGCCAGGUUUUAGUAUAUGCAAAUUCUCCUGCUGAUCCUUGUUGUGUCACUGUUUCAUGCACUGGUGUGCCUUGUGUCAAGAGCACAGGGAAAUGAAGGGACGCCUCUCAGAAAGUCUUUCCUCUAAAACGACCCUCAUAAACGCUCCUCCGAUUCAAGAAAUGAAGGCUACCGGUGAAAAGGAAAGUGUUGGAUCCUCAUUCUCCUCUUCUGCUAACAACAGUGAGCAUACUAGUUUAGAAAUGCAGGCUCUAUAAAGUAUUACUACCAUUGUUAGCAUCCAAAUGAGUAACAUGAAUUUUGGAAUUUUGCUUGAUAGAGAAUUAUUGUUUUUUA